AUGGGAAAAUAUCAAGAUCUGUCUCCAAGGAAAAUUUACGAAAUUAAAACUUUAUUAUUGCAUACUGGGCACUUCCAAAGGCAGAUUGCAUCGAUUGCUAAUGUUUGUUUUUCUAAUGAGUCGUCAGUGCAAAUUUUAUCGGACAAAGCUGAAUUUGCAAGAAGAAGGAAAGGUGAGAAAUUCAAAGAAGAUUGCAUAGUCAACCGAGUGAAGUACCCACUCAGCGUCAUGGUAUGGUCCAUAAUAAGCAGCAAAGGCACUGGUCGUCUCAACAUUGUGGAAGGAACGAUGCGCCAGGAUCUAUAUAUCCAGGUACUUGAGACAAAGAUGCUGCCCCAGGUCCUGGUGUUGUUUCCUAACGGUGAAUUUAAGUUGAUGCAUGACUCUGCUCCUUGCCACAAAGCAAAAAAGGUCACGAAAUUUCUAAAUGCCCAGAAAGUAAAGGUUCUUGACUGGCCUGGGAAUCCGCUGGACCUCAAUCCCAUAGAGAAUUUCUGGGAGUUGAUGAAACGAGAAAUUUCCAGAGAAGUCGUCAAUAAUAAACGCGAACUGAUCGAGCGUUUGAUAGAUGUUUGGCAUAGGAGUGAAUCAGUAAAGAUAAACUGCUCAAAAUGUAUCGAAAGUAUGCCCAGGAAAAUUCAGGCGGUUAUAGAAGCAAAAGGCGGUGUCACUAAAUAUUGA